GAUCUUCGGCCACGAUGCUUCACACGGAGCAUCCAGCUAGCUGCUGCUGCUGUGUGAGAAAGAGCACCGAGUAGCCUCUAACUGGACCCCCGGACCGACAUGAUGAUGACAUUACAGAUAAUGAAUGGUGAUUGCUGUUAGCUAAUGACCUCCUGUGAAUCAACUGAGGAUAAUAUGAGAGCUCAAAGGACAUCACUGUCACCUCCAAGACCUUAUUCCUCCACGUUAGCCAAGUGUGCCGUCUUAACACAACAAGAAGUUUACCGUUCAUCCCUAGAAGAAGACUUCAAUGAGGAAGGAUUUACGACUUCUGGCAGCUAGCGCCUGAGAGACGUCCUGCACUCAGCAGGGGUCUUACAUCAUUGUCCUCUGACUGUGGGGACCUCUCUGCCUUUGGGAAAACAAAACCUCAUGUGCCUGCUUUAGAUUCUUAAUUGAAGCUGUGUCUUCGCAGUUCUACGGUGCCGAGAUCUUACCGAGCCCUGCUGACCAUUUUCCCUCGGUCCACAGCUGUCACUGCAUCUGUGGUGGCAGGUAUGUUGACUGUUGGUCAGGGGGAUUUCCAAAGAACUUGUAGUCGAUCUAAAGUGACCAACAGACGAUAUUCGAUUCUAUUCGGCUGGAGCUGACACCUGAAAAGAACUACAGAAGACGUUGAAAGGAAAGCGACCAGGAGGAACCUCCAGACCAGGUUUUUUUUUAAUUGACUGUGAACCCCUAUCCUGCCUUUCAGUAUCCACCCAGGAAUUCAACCCCUAGAAAAUAACCAUAUCCUCAUCGGGGGGGUGCAAUGCCAACCAACCAGUCCUCUCCGUGGGGUGGGGGUAAGUUAGGGGCAGGCUCAAAAGUAGAUAGUUCAACCACUGCAACCUCUGUACGUGCACAUGCCAGGACUGUUGCGGCCACUCAAGUGCCUUUAAGUCAGACUUCUUCAGAGCUGUCCAGGAGAAAAGAUCAAGCCAAAACUCUCGUCUCUAAUGUCGCCUCCUCUGCUUCAAAGUUGAUGCAGAAGUCGGUUUCCUCAUCUGGGCUUUCUGUUAGGGCCAAUGGGGACGGAAAGAAAGCAAACGCCCAGAGCCAAUUCACCGCCAUGCCAGACUGGUCUCCAAACCCGCCACAACAACUUAAUGGGAUUCAGAGCCCAAACCAGGUACUAGAUACUGCACUGAAGCACGCUGGUAGCAGCGUCACAGAUGUCCCUUCUGCCAUACCCAUGAAGGAAUAUCAGAGUAGGUCUAAUGCACAGCUGGCGGGUACAAAGCAGAAAGGUUUGCCGCUCCACUCCUCUCAACCUGGACAUGGGUUAGCUGGGUGCAGACGAGAUGCUGCUUCAGGUGACACUCAGACUCUCAGGUCGGUUUAUCAUCAAGACCUGAUCAUCAAUGGACAGCCCGCCAUGCAGCAAGCCAACAAGCUGAUGCCUGCAGACUGUUCCUCCUCACCAUCAGUGCCUCAUCUAUGCCUUACUCUUUGUGGACACCAGGAAGCAGCAUUGGGAGAAACCGCCGCCAGCCUUGACAGCACAAAAGUAGAGAAAAGAAGCACAACCACCAUGAGGAGAAUCCAAUCGGCUAAAGCAGCAACAAAAUGCAGUAGAACACAAAACGGUUGCACAGAAAUGACCGCUUCAAACAAUCAGUUGCUUGUGAGAGGUGGACCUCCUGCGGUGUUGUCUGCAGCUACAAUCAACAGGCCAAAAACAACAGCAACUCUAGAUUUGAAAAGGGAAGCACCAGAAAGUCAGCGUCCUGCAGGAAACGCCUCGUCAACAUGCAGAAGAAGCAGUCCAACAGCAGUCUGUCAGAAUGGUUUCAUGCCGACUGUGCUCAGUGCCACUCAGGAGAAGCUUCCCACACCCAUGGAUGAGAGCACAGAUGUUGCUCCUGGUCCUGCAGGCGUCCUGGUGGGCUCUGUGACCAAUCAAAUCUCUGCAAUCCACCUAACAAAGCAGGAACAGCCCGCCUCCAUGGCCACUCCAUCUCCAGUACCCUCCUCGCCGUCAUCGACCGAGGAAGGAGACACUCAGCUGUCUGCUCAGGAGUGCGUGAUGCAGGUGGAUGGAGUCGAGGAGGAGCUCCCCGAUCAGCUGGAUAAUGCCUGCAGUGAUGACGAUGAUUCAGACUAUUCAUCCAUCACCGGCACCUCGUCCUCCUCAUCCAUCGCUACUAUUUCUGGAGUUGAGGAGCCGAUGUCAUUGGAGGCAGAAGAUGAUCGCGAGGAGAAACCGGCUCUGGUUCCCAGUUUGUUCCCCUUCAUCCCUCCAACGCUCUACUUCAGCACGGCCAACGAGAAAGUGGAGCUUCUUCCUGCAGAACAAAGACGACUGUUAAAAUGGAAGAUCAGCACCGUCACGCCAAACGUUGUGAAACACACCAUCGCCAGGUCACACUUCAAAGCCACCAAGAAGAGCCACGACUGGUUGGGCUGCUGGGGACACCACAUGAAGUCUCUCGGCUUCAAAGUCCUCGGAGAACACCAGAAGCUGAACCACUUCCCAGGGACGUUUCAGAUCGGCAGGAAGGACCGCCUGUGGAGGAACCUCUCCAAGAUGAAGGCUCGCUUUGGCAAACAGGAGUUCAGCUUCUUCCCCCGAACCUUCAUCCUCCCUCAGGACAUCAAGCUGCUCCGCAAAGCCUGGGACGACGGCAGCUCCAGGCAGAAGUGGAUCAUCAAACCGCCGGCAUCAGCCAGAGGAAUCGGCAUCCAGGUCAUCCACAAAUGGAGCCAAAUGCCCCGCAAGAGACCCCUGCUGGUCCAGAAGUAUCUUCACAAGCCCUACCUCAUCAGCGGAAACAAGUUUGACCUGCGGAUCUACGUCUAUGUGACAUCGUACGACCCGCUCAAGAUUUACAUCUUCUCUGACGGACUCGUUCGAUUCGCCAGCUGCAAGUAUUCGUCUUCCAUGAAGACUUUGAGUAACAAGUUCAUGCACCUGACCAACUAUAGCGUCAACAAGAAGAACUCUGAAUACCAGGCCAACAGCGACGACAAAGCCUGCCAGGGACACAAAUGGGCUUUGAAGGCCUUGUGGCAGUUUCUUGGUGCUAAAGGAGUCAACACCACGCUGAUCUGGGAGAAGAUCAAAGACAUCGUCAUCAAAACCAUUAUCGCGUCAGAGCCGUACGUCAACAGUCUGCUGAAGAUGCACCUCCGGACGCCGUACAGCUGCCACGAGCUGUUCGGCUUCGACAUCAUGCUCGAUGAGAACCUGAAACCCUGGAUCCUAGAGGUCAACAUAUCACCAAGCCUCCAUUCCAACACGGCGCUGGAUGUUGCCGUCAAAGGUCAGAUGGUCCGAGACCUCCUGAACCUGGCUGGUUUCAGGAUUCCAGAUAAAGACGAUGUGGUCGCCCCCUGCAGCAGCGCCUCCAGCUCCACCAGCAGUCUGUGUGGGGGGAGCAGGGAGAAGACCAGGCUAGAUCUGUCAGCUGAUGAGAAGGUCAAACGUGCCUUUUACCUCACACAACGCUUUGCUGACCAGGACUUCCUCUCUUCGGUGUUGGACGUCCUGACUCCGGAUGACGUCCGCGUGCUGGCAGAAAGCGAGGACGAGCUGACUCGACUUGGAGAGUUUGAGCGGAUUUUUCCCUCGCGGUCGUCGUCCCGCUACCUUCGCUUCUUCGAGUAUCAGAGAUACCUCAACAUCCUGCUGGACCAGUGGGAGCAGAAGCACUGGAACGACAGGACCAAAG